GGCGAGCACCAAAGAGUAAUCCCUGACAUUGUCAUGUCUGAUAACUAUGGUUUCUUGUCUGUGAUUUCUUUUGUUAAACAGUAAACUCGUGUAUAUCAUGGCAAACACUCUGACUGUUUACAGGUCGCAUGGUUUGUGCAACUCUCCAUUGGAAUUUAUACCAGUGAACCGUCUCCGAUUUCCCCACUACUGGACCACCUCGGCACAGCACCUAUUCUUUCCAAGCUUGAACCUCCUAGCAGCCGCAGACAAAGUUGGGUGUUCAAGCAGGUUCAGCAACUUGAAACUGACAGUGCAAGUGGUGCAGCUGUAUUUACUAACCAAAGGCUUUGGGCCUCAGUUUUAAUGCUUCACAGUUUCAAUCGUAGAUAGAUGAUAGGUGUUCCUGACAUGUCAGCACCAUCACAGCAUUUUGCAGAACAUCUUGUUGGGAGACAGUUCUUUGGAGAACACAGGUUCUUCAUGUGAACCAACACUGGCAGACUCUUGUCAACACGCGUUGUGGCUUCCACUCGCAGUGCUCACCCGCGAAGUUGCAACACCGGCAGCAAGUGAAAGUUGUGGCCGUCUGCCCGGAGCUCUUAGAGCGUCUUUUUGUUUCUUAUUUUCUUCUUCUUCUUCUUUUUUUUUGGCUGCUGUCAGUCAUUUUGGACGUUCGUAGACUACUUACAAGUGAAGUGGGAGAUGGAACUUGCUUGAAAGCAAGAUCAAAGAGAGCGUCGCAGCAACACGCAAACUCUUCCAUUUGACACCACACAAAAAAGAGAGAGAGAAAAAAGAGCACUCUAAUCGCACUCACGACUUGGCUGCAGAACAAUUGAAAUCAACGGGGAAGCGCUGCCGCAUGGGUUGAAAUCAACAGCAGAAUCCCGCCCAAAACCAACGAUUACACUUCGGCUUUGAGCGCAUGGGAAGAUUGGCGACGACUUCGCGCAACAACCAUCAGUUGACUAGAUUUCCGCGAGACUUUCUUCGGCAACCCCGCCGUUCAUCAGCAUACUGCCAGAUCUCAUCAUGAAGCGGAGAUUUACCUCCAGACGCUCCCAUCCAUAUCGAACCCACCGCGUUUCUCGCUCGCCAGAUCGUGCUGCAACCGACAACCCUCCCCACGCAGAUGCUGCCAACGAUUACAUGGCUGCGUCCCGAAGGAGUCCGUCGAUGAGAGACCAGUGGAGAGCCGACGGCGACUACGAUCGAGAGAUACACCAUCAUCGCCCCAGGGCCAGGGAGAGGCACAGCCGUCGCCAACUAUCACCGCCGGCUCCACGUCGUCGUGAUCGUGACCGUGAAAGACCAAGUCGAGGCCGUGGCUCUGGCUCCACCGCUCAUUAUCACCCUUGCAGACGUCCUAUUCCUCGAGGCGAGGACCGAAACCCCGAAAAUACCAGAACAACUCCCUUCAAAGCCGCUCGAGAGGAAAACCGGGACGCCAAGCAUUCUCUAAAAAACCAGGUAAGGUCUCGACAGAGGGAAGAUUCUCCUCCGUCGCCAUCAAAUCCUUCCUUUCCAAGGCGCAAGCGGAGUCGAAGCCCCUCUCCAUCUCGUUCUCAUCGUCGUCCUCACCACAAGAAGGGGAGACACAACGACAGAGGAGAUCAUUUUGGAAGAGGUGGCAGACGCCCGCAGCGCUAUAGCUCUCCAGAGCGGUUUGUGCCGCCGCGGGAAACCGGACCUGGACGAAAAUCUCAUUAUUCCAAAGCACCAACGUCUGAUUCCCUGUCCAUUUCUCGCUGCAGGCGCUCUAGAUCCCCAGUUCCCUCCGAUUUUGGACUACGUGCAUCACUAUCCCCCCAUUCGCCUAGCAAUCGCUCUUGCAAUUCCAUAGACUAUCCUUCUCGUCCGCCGUCACGUCAUUCGUUUGCGUCGAAGGUGUCAAGGGAAUCUUCCCCGUCGCGUGCUUUUCGUAGCAUGCAAGACACUCUUCCGAUACAAUCCCUAGAGGACGAAUCUAUAGGUUCGGCAUCGACUUUCCGACCGGCUGCAAACGCCGAUAUCCCAAGUUCCAAUCAUUCCGUGGACGGCGAUAGUCAUAUGCGAGACGCAUAUCCCAUGCACGGUAUGCGUCCUUCAGAGACCCGAGGCUCUCGCCGACAGGCUCGCCCGCAUGUCGACACUCGUCAACCAUACUCCUCCCCCCAAUACAUACCAGGGUCAGACUCUCGUCAUCCUUCCCCCCAGUCCGGAUCCCCAUAUGGGAGUAGUCGAGGUUCAUGGGUGGGACAGCCGCAACACCCGUACCCUCAUGGACAACAGAGACAAAUGCAUGGCUACUCGCCCCCCUACCGUCAACCAAGCUAUUCAUCCCAGGGUGGAUCUCAAGGGCAGUAUUACCAGGGACAACCGCCGCAGUAUCCCCCUUCUCCCAAUGCUGGACAACAAGGUUAUUCGGGACAACCACCUUAUCGUGGAACGUCUUCCAGUUAUCGUGGGAAUCCUUACAGUCAGCCGCCACCUCCAGACCGUCGAUUCUCAGGCGCAAAUUCCCAAAAUUAUGGUUCCCCACCACAGCCACAGAGGUCCAGGAGUGGCCAUUUCACAAGCUUACAAUGGACAGCAUCCGCUGGUCGCGGCCGUGGUUCCCAGACGGGACCUGGACAGCCAUCGCCGACUAUUCCAUCACUUCAACCACCCCAUCAUGCUCUCGACGAUCCCUUGUCACCAGAUAUGGAUGAUAAUGAUAAUCCAUUCCGCCCAUCCAAAGAUUUGCAAGUGGAGGAUGAGGAAGCGGUGAAGAAAAACGAAAACAACGAUGUGAAGAAGAUGCCACCGCCUCGACAAGGCUCCGGGUCAUCACAGCCGAAAGAAACUGGAAAGUUCAGUUUCGCAUUUAAAUCGAAAGCCCCGGCUACGCCGGUGCCCAAACCAGUAUCUGGACUUGCACAGAAAAUGCGAGAACCUCCUCGCCCUCUAGAACCACCAAAGAAAGAGCUAUUGUCUGCUCAAACGAGAUUAAAGCAUGAAAUUCGCCCGGAUCGUCGGGACGACAGGCGUGACCGUGACGGCAGGAGAGGGGAUCGCCGAUUUGAUCGUAGGGAUGACCGGCGCCGGGACCGGCGAGAGGACCGCCGACCAGAUGUUAAACAUGAUAGACGAAAGGACCGCGAACGCGAGCGAGAUCGAGAGCAUUCUCCACCCACGCAAGAGAAGCCGAAGAAAAAAAUGCUUACACGCAUGAAACCUCGUCCAACGCUAUCAGAAGAGUUCUCCAAAUCAGAUUCGGUCUAUUAUCGCAAACCUGGAAACGAGUCCGUUGUCGGUGCCGGGACGUACGGGAAGGUCUUCAAGGCUGUUCACGUAUUUACAAAGAACAAGGUUGCGUUGAAGAGAAUACGUAUGGAGGGCGAAAAAGAUGGGUUCCCAAUUACCGCUGUACGUGAGAUUCGACUUCUCCAGCAUCUCCGGCAUGAAAAUGUUGUCAGCCUACAAGAAGUUAUGGUAGAGAGGAAUGAGUGUUUUAUGGUCUUUGAGUACUUGUCCCACGAUAUGACUGGUCUCAUUAACCACCCGUCUUUCACUCUUUCCGCCGCGCAUAAAAAGCAUCUUGCGAAACAGAUGUUUGAAGGAUUAAAUUAUUUACAUCAUCGCGGCGUUCUUCACCGCGAUAUCAAAGCUGCCAAUAUUCUUAUUAGCAACAAGGGCCAAUUGAAAUUUGCUGACUUUGGCCUUGCGAGAUUUUUUUCGAAAAGUCGGCAGCUUGAUUACACUAAUCGAGUCAUCACUAUCUGGUAUCGUCCACCAGAGUUGCUUCUGGGUGAGACACGAUAUGGCCCCGCUGUCGAUGUGUGGAGCGCUGCUUGUGUAUACAUGGAAAUGUUCACCAAAAAGGCAAUAUUUCCUGGCGACGGUUCAGAGAUCAAUCAGCUCGAUAAGCUCUACAAUUCAUUAGGCACUCCGACCAGAACAGACUGGCCUGCCAUUAUUGAUAUGCCAUGGUUCGAGCUCAUGCGACCUCGAGAAAGAAAGAAACGGGCGUUUGAAAAUAUGUAUAAAGACUAUCUGUCUCCCGCUGCUCUUGAUCUUGUUUCCAAAAUAUUUCAGUAUGACCCCGUCAAGCGCCCGUCAACCGAAGAAGUGCUCGCGCAUCCUUACUUCACGGAGGAGGAACCGGCACCUCAACAAGCAAUUGAGCUUGCUGAUGUUGAGGGCGAUUGGCACGAAUUCGAGUCGAAGGCACACCGGAAAGAGAAAGACAAGGAGGCCCGACGGGCUGAACAGCGUGAAAGGGAAAAGCGAAGGAUAAGCAACCAUACUGGUGAAAGUGUUGAUCGCGAGCGGAAACGUACCAAAGUGGAUGAUGAUACAUCCGCACCGGUGUCCCAAGGUCCUGAGAAUUGAUCAGAAGCUGGGUUGCUCGCACUGUGUCGUCCGAAAAGGUUGGAUUUUAUAAAUGGGUUUGGUGAGCGUGUUUGUUUACCACAUGGCAUUCGG